UAUUGUUCCGACUCGGAAGUAUUACCACGCCACACAUGCGCGACAUGUCACAUUUCAUUAAACGCGUGACUGACGCGUCACGUCACUCCUCAAUGUACGACUCGACACAUUCUCCGAAAUUAUACCCGACGCCGCCACUUCGCCCGCUGCCUCCAGCAAUCCUACUCCUUGCACUUCCAGGGCUUCUGGCCCUUCCCCCUACUCAUCCAGACUUUGGCUUUUCACUCUUUCUUUCACUGCGCUCAUUAAGACAAUGCUUAGCACUGCCUGCUCUUGCACCCGAUAUAGAAUGUCGUGCUUGGACAAGUUUGGCCGAAGUCGGCAUGAGAGUCAUAGACAGUGGCUUUUGCUCGCAGGAGGGAGGAUGUGACUGGGCUGUAGGUAUCCAUUCAGAGGUCGAGAAAGCACUCAGCAAAGGUCUUCUCAUCGCACAAAAACACCCUUCACUUCGGCCGCUUCGCCACCACCUAACACUCCUCCAUGCUCGUUUUGCAUUUACCUUCCCUUCCUCUUCCACAUCGCCAAAAUUUGCACGUGCUAUCCUUAGACGCCUCAUUGCGUCAUUUGUACCCUCGGAUCCUCCAGGCACCGUAUACGACGCACACCUAGCAUUAAUCACCCAAAUUACUACACUGCCCUCUUCAUCUAAUGCUGCUGCUAAUACAAGUCCUGCACCAAUAGGAGCCCCCGCCCUCCAAGCAGCACUCACUGCAAUAGAUACUCUCGUAACUCUUGCACGCAAAAACCACCACCCCCGGAUUGUUGCCCUUGCUCAUGUCAUUAGGCUGUGCGUCCUUCUUCGUACAAGUGCAUGGGCUCAAGUCGGGGCUGCUCUUGAGACCGCGGAGGCCGUGCUUGGCUUGGUGUUCGACAAGGACGGCAAAGUCAAGAAUAACGAGGGUCAUACUAACGUGAUAGCAAAUGCCAAAACUGAUGACGCACUUCCACGUUGGAAUUCUAUAACUGCUCACGACGUUAAUGCUUUGUCUCGUGAAUAUUCUCAAGUGCGCAUUACCUCCAAUCAGUCCAAUGUGGGACCAAAACAAGAGGAGGAAGGCACGCAAUCGGAUCCUGCUCAUGCUUCUCUACAAAGGCUCGUCGCGCUCCACGAAAUUGUCGAUAGUGGAGCACUCGAGGGAUUCAAGGAUGGUAUCAUCCAGAUCCCUCUUCCACCACACCCUCCCCUGGCAGUCCAUACCACCCACCCACUCAUACUUCUCCCGCUCACCUUCCUCGUCAGCGCCACUGCGAAACGGGACCCAGUGGGUAGAAAUCCAAAGAGAAGGCUCUGGGCCGAAGCAGCAAUCAACACUCUCAAUACUGCAGGAGAGGACAUCGAACUACCCCUCUGGGCUUCUCUGGCGGACAGAGACGAAAUUAUACAGCGCACAGUAAGACUUACAGCUGAUCUUUUAUGUGAGCUCGUCGCGGUGUCGAUCCAACGCUCUGAAUUCGAUGCGGCAGAAGCACACCUACACGCACUACUCACCUUGACCCACACUCACGACCUCUUCCAUUCAUAUAGCGCCCGCAUCACCCUCCACGCCGCACACCUCGCACACGCACUCGGAGACACUGAACGUGCAGGCGUAUGCUAUCGCGUCGCCACAUCCGUAGAUGACGAAUACAAUGCAGGGGCCGGGUAUGUAGGCGCUGCUGCAUGCGCUGGUGAAGCAUUAUUGCGCAUCGGGCUACGUGCUCAAGCUCAGAAUCGCGACGAGAACUCGAACUUUGAUGUGAAUGAAGACGCUAGCAAUGACAAAAGCGACUGGUUGGAUGCUGAGACGCAUGCACUGGCUAGGUCGGCGAUCCAGCGGUGUCAUGGAAUGGGAGGGACGCUUGAAGCGGUUGGGAAGGUGGUGCAGGCAGCUGUGGUAGGUACGAGAGGGGAGAUUGUUGGUGCCAAAUCGCACCUAAAAUCUGCGCUGUCCUUAUCGACUUUAGCAGGCGAGAACCAUCUCCGUGCGUUGCUCCUCGCGCAAGUAGGCGCACAAUAUCUCCAUACGGCCCCUGGGCAUGCUAUGGAGACGUUGGCAGUAUGUGAGACGCUUGGCGCUGGGAUGGGCGCGAAGCCGAAGGACGUGGAUGGUGGGAAAGGUAAAGGAAAGGAGAAAGAGAAUGACACGGACGGUGGCGAUAGCUCAAUAGGCAACGCCCCGCUUCGUCUCUGGGUCGGGGAAAGAUUUCUCGAGAUAUUCAAGCGCGCGAAUAAGUCGCACCGAGUGGCAAAGCAGGAGGUGUAUAAUGCCAUGUAUCGGGGUGCGGUAGAAGAGAUGAAGAAGAGGGCGAGGUGGCCUUCCGCGGUGGAAUCCGAUCAUGAUGAAAAGGGGCCUGUCAACGGGGAGGACUUCGAAAUGCAGGGCCUGGAUCCAGAUCAGGAUGUUGAGAUGUAGGUGCCUUCACCUUUCAUUCAUUUGAGGGUGACGGAGGCCUACUCUGGACGCCGCGGUUUCUGGCUGACUGGACUAAUUUUACUAAAAGCACUUAAAGUUAUUGAUACUCGCAACAUACUCGAAGUCUGAUCGCAUAAAGUUUACGCUGCUAUCGUAUAGCAUAUCAUCCAAGUAUUACACAGUAACAUGGACAUCUUUGUAGAAUAACGCCAAAGGCGGCUUAGUAGAGUGUCUCAAGUAAGUCAUUGCAUGAGAAUGUCAUUGUAUUGUAGCUGGCUUGCUCCCACA